AUGAAGGAAACAUCCCCCAAGAACAGUAAUUUGAAAGUUCUGAGUCCAGUGGAUGCCUCAGACACUGAACAGGGAAGAACAGCGAGUCAAAGUAGCUUUGUUGAUCUGCUGCCUCUGGAAGUCACUUGCAAAAUCUUCAGCCAGUUAGACGUUCAGAGUUUGUGCAGAGCUUCCGAGACAUGCUGGAGUUGGAAUCGCACGAUAAGGAACAACGAUGCCUUGUGGAAGCCCCACUGCUUGACCGCAAGAGCUGUGUGCCCGAGAGAAAUCGACGGUGACAUCAAACGUGGUUACACCUGGAGGGUGACACUCCUAAGAAAUUACCAGAAGAGUAAAGUGAAACACGCGUGGCUCAGUGGAAGAUACAGCAACAUACGUUCUCCUCUGAACCUGCCGAAAAGAUUCAUGUACCCGAUGGAUGCGGAAACAUGGGAAGAAAUUCUAGAUGCAGAACUGAAAAGAUAAGUUGAAGAAUCUCAGUAGACCUCGUGGCUUUGAUCGCACAUAACUAAAAUAACUAAAAUGACUCAGACUGCAAGAGACCUUUUAAAAUCUGAUAAUGUUUUCCUCAGUUUUUUAAAAAAAGUCUAGCAUUUAAAAGAAAAGUGAAUUGACCAUGAAGCUUUGUUUGUAUUUUGCACUUUAGCUAAAGUUUUUUCCAGGUUUUAUGCAGUGAGAAAUCUUGAAAUGUUAUUUUUAUAAAAAAAAAAAUAGCAUGAUAGAAUGAUUUUGAAAUGUGCUGUUUCAUGUAUUUGUGUUAGACUGUUGUAUUGCUUUAAGUGAUAGAAUUUACUGUUUUUUUCUAUUUAAUUCUUCAAGAAUUCAAUUCAUUAUAAGUCAGUAUAGAUAUAGACUUGUCUGACUUAUACCAAAUGAGAGCAGUUGCAAUAUUUGUAGAUUAGUAAUAAUAACUGUUAUGGUAACAGUUUUCAAGUCAGUGGAACAGACUGAAUUGUCAAAUAAUGAAAGCUGUCUUAAAAUAUGUUGAACCUAAGGUUUAUUUAAGCUUGAUCUGGUCUUGAGAUGAAGCUCAAAUUAAGCUUUACAUUAUUUUUCUACAAACCCAAAACUGGUCUCAGAAACUGAGACUGUGUUUGAGAAGCUGCAGAACACUUACGGACUAUUAGAACCACCAAAGGUGGUCUACCUUAGUCAACUACAUCCGACAUCCUGGUGGCGCCACCUAGUGGACUCCUAGAUGCUUGUCCUUACUUAAGAACAUGUCUUUUCCAAGCCCUGUUUGAUCUUGUUAAAGUGUAUCUUUGCAGGAAGGGGCCUUUUUUUCAACUUUGUUUCUCUUUUUGCAUGAAAGGAGAUUCUGUAGCAGCAUUUCCUCUAACAGGUUGUAACACUUGAAUCUGUAAGCCAUAGUAAAAUGUGUCAUCAGAUUUCGUCACUUGCAUGGAGUUUUCUAUAGUUAUUAUGCUUUACCUUUCUGUUGCUGUUCUGUUUCUACCUGCUAGGACUAGACUGAUUUAGUCCUGCUCUCGAUGCACUAUUUGAAUGUGUGAAGACAGCCGGCCUGUCUCUUCCUACUGUCUUCUCCCCCUUCUCUCUGAGAGCCACAUGCCAUACUUCGUAGGCCAAGCAGCAGAGUCUGCUGCUCAUGCCCCUUAACAAAUGUGUGACUGGGGAGGAAGAUAGCCUGCUGAUUUCCCUUAGGAAGAGAUAAUGGAAAAGCACUUUGAAAUCUUGAGACCCUGGAAGGGAAUCAGUAAAGCACUUACGGCAUGCCAGCUGCGUGUAUAUGCUGGUGUUGUGGGCCUUGUCCUCUAACGAGCCUUCUGCCUUUCGCCUCUCUCUGCUAGGAAAGAAUGGCCCAACCAGGGGGAAUCGUCCUCCUCACUCACGGCACCCUGUCUGUCACCCUCCGUGUUGAGGCUCAGAGUGGAACGUGCCUGAAACCACCUCUUUCUUAAGCUGGAAGACAGAAGGGAUGGCUGUUUGCUACCACACAGAGAAGCGGGUCCUCAGUCAGAGAGCACCCAGCCAGCAGAAAAGCAAAGGAAGCAGAAGAGAGGGCUGUGAUAACAGCUGAUUUGGUCAUCCCCUUGUCUAAACAGCACUAGAAACUCUGCCCUACCAUAGGGCUUUCUUACUGUUGGACAAGUGUGUGACACUUGUGGUUUACGUUAGUGUCUUAGUUUUGCACUCGGAACCCUACCUGCGGGGCUCCCUUUGCCUCUUUUUCAAGGAUAUGAUCCUUGUGUUUUUUUUGUUAGCGUCUUUGUUUUAGAGGUCUCAGCCCUUCCUUUGACUCCUUCCUUAGUCCUACUGAUUUUGUGUCCCAAAGGCAACCCCUUGCCUCAGAUGUCCCCAGCAUUCAUUUCUUUCUCCACCUUCUCUAACUUGUUCUUCCCCCCCACACACACACACAAAUUGAAAUUGCUGCUAAGAUACAAGGAAAUUACUUCCUAAUGUCUUUGAUGCAUUUUUGUCCGUGACUAGUCUGGCACUCAGUUCUUGCCGUUCUUGGGUUGGAGACGAGCAUCUCGUUUCUCUUCGCAUACUGCAGCCAGUCUCUGAGUUUCCUUCGGAGACCCACCGUCCUAAAAGAUGCUGCUGUUCACGGAGGUCAGACUGUUGUCCUCUUCUUCACUCUGAACAGCUACUCCCCAUCCCCACUGCCAUUGUUGGUGCUUCUGGUGUCUGGAUUCCUGACUCCACGUCACACUUGCCCAUGUUCUUCCGGACACGCCUGUACCCACCUGUUGGCAUCGCAGCUGAGUCACUAAUACUGAAGCCAGAGCUCAUUAAAGCAGCAGAUCGGUUAUUCCUUUGGCCCCUGCCCUGGAGAGUGGCCAGGGCUCGAGGUAUUUCACCUUCUGCUUUCCUCACCUGUGACCAUCCAGCCAAGGAUCAGCUCUUACUGCUUUAGUUGUCUGAAUAUGGGAGCAGCCCAGCCCUUCUUCGUGUUCUCUCUCCCCCUUACUUCUUACCCUUAUUUGAAGUUGACAUGGCUAAGACACCCUCCUGUACUCCUUCCUCCCACUGCUGAUAGAUCAGUCUUCCUAAGAGCCCUCAAACUAGUGCGUCACCUCUAACUUGGGUCAUUUGCUACGUUCACGUAGAGAAUGGCUCUAAAAAGAGAGGCCCUUAACGACACGCCCUGGCUUAGCCCUGUAGCCUUUGCUCUUAUAGUUCUCCAUUCUGUGUCUUUCAGUUCAGUCAGACCGAAUAGCAUCUGCAGCUGCCCGGCCAUGCUUGCUCCCUUAGGUCUGCCCCAUUGUACAGGUCAUGUGACAGACACACUUACAGGGUUGCCCCUUCCUCCACCAUCAGCUCUUGACUUGGCAGAAUCUUUCACCUCUAGCCCACUUAUACCUGUAUUGUUCUGGAUUAAAUUAUUCUUCUAAAGUUCAUAUAUAUCUUCUUUAUGACAUUCUCCUCAAAAGCUAUCACACUAUGUUGAGUUGUCUUGUCUACCUGCCCCUGUGGAUUGUGAAUUUCUUAGUGACAGGAACCAUAUUUUAAUUUAUUAAAAUUUUUUUAGUAACAGCUGGACAGUGGUGAUACACGUCCCAGCACUCGAGAGGCAGAGACAGGUGGAUCUCUCUGAGUUUGAGGCCAGCCUGGUCUAUAAGAGUGAGUUCCAGGACAGGCUCCAAAGCUACAGAGAAACCCUGUCUUGAAAAACAAAACAAAAAAAAUUAAUCUUAGUAAUUUAUAUUAUUUAUUAGUAGUAAUCAUAUUCAGAAUGUACAAAAAUGUAUUAUUGUGAUAAUAUAAAAUGUUUUAUUUUAGCAGCAAAUUACGAUUAGUGGAUAAGACUGUAUUAAAAUACAAAAUAUAAUUGUGCAAUGUAUAAGCUACUUAUAUUAAUCUUAAAUUGUACAUGAUUGUUCAGUCAUCAAAGGUGUGUGUGGAACUGAAAGUGUUUUGCUAUAUUUUUAAUAAACACUUGAAAAUAAAUUCAGUUUUUAAAACAUCA